AAGGCAAACACCGACUGUACUUCUUUACCAGGCGUAAUAUUUGUGUGGAAUGCAAAGAAGAAUGAAAGCAUAUUGUUUGAGUCACUAUUAUGAUUUCAAAAUUGGUCAGUAGCAACUAGCAUGGUACAGUGAAGACGCUUUUAUUGCACUUGUUGCACCGGAAGUGCCAUCACGCCGUGUUGAAACAGCUUGACUAACGGACCGUUAGUGACUAGUGAGGGCAACUGAUGCUAACAACCGUGCGGACCAGUCCACACCGCGACAAGAGUUGCCCGUGGUCAGCGUGAGAUGCCUGGUGCAGGUCCAUGGGUGUGAGUCGACUGGAUGUAUUUUACAGACGGCUGCUCCUCACCAAACUCUUCAUCGGAGGUUGGGGGAAGCCGGAAGACCUCAAGAGAAUCUUUGAAUUCCGCAAGAUCAUUGGAGACAGAGAGAGGUGCAAGACUCUUGUGCCCGAGGACUAUCCAGUUUACAUACACAAGACAGAGGAGCACUCUGACUGUCUCAUCCAUGAUGGAUUCUUCAUCUCUCCCCUGGAACACUUGGUUCCUGAAAUCCUGCCACCAGAGGCUGUCAAAGCCAGAUUCCAGUUUAUAGUCCCUAAGAAGUGGCAGAAGAACAGACCAGUAUGUAUCCACUUGGCUGGGACUGGAGACCAUUUCUUCUGGCGUCGGCGGACCUUGAUGGCCAGACCUAUGAUCAAAGAGGCAGGAAUGGCUUCACUGAUUCUGGAGAACCCAUAUUAUGGCUACCGAAAACCCAAAGACCAACUGCGUUCCUGUCUGAAGAAUGUGUCUGACUUGUUUGUAAUGGGAGGAUCUUUGAUCCUGGAGUCGACUGUGCUUCUCCACUGGCUGAAAAGAGAAGGAUACUGGCCAUUAGGGAUGACGGGUAUCUCCAUGGGAGGAUAUAUGGCAUCCCUGGCAGUGACUAACUGGCCAAAGCCCAUCCCUUUGAUCCCCUGUUUGUCCUGGUCCACUGCCUCCAGUGUCUUCACUACGGGUGUGCUGAGUAAAGCAGUGAACUGGACUGAGCUGGAGAAACAAUAUUCCAUUAACUCUGUAUAUGAAGAGGAGAUCAUUCAACUGUUGGAGUACUGUGGGGCAGAUUCUUUAAAGAUGGUUCCAGACUUUGUGAAAAACAUGGACUCUACAGAGCAACUUCUGACUUUUUCUGGAGCUUCAGUAGACCAGUACUCCAAAGCCAGAGGAGGAACUGAGGUUGACAAAGUAGACCACUUAUUAUCAUCUGUGAAUAACAGUGGGACAAGCUUGGACUCUGGACCAUGCUUUGGUACAAACAGCACACUGCAUGGAAAGAAGAAAGAUUCGGCCAAAUGCCUUCGACCAUCAUUGCAUAAAGAGUCAAUAAGCUUCAUGAAGGGAGUAAUGGAUGAAUGUACACACAUGGCCAACUUCUCUGUUCCUGUCGACCCCAGUCUCAUCAUCGUAGUUCAGGCUAAAGAGGAUGCCUAUGUGCCUCGCACAGGUGUCCUGAGUCUGCAGGAGAUCUGGCCAGGAUGUGAAGUCCGCUAUCUCAAUGGAGGACACAUCAGUGCAUACCUGUUUAAACAGAACGUCUUCAGGCGGGCCAUAUAUGACGCAUUUAACAGAUUCUGCCUGAAGUAUCCCAACUUGCACUAGUCUCAGAGGCUGCACCACAUCAGGACCUACAUGUCCACAGACCAGAGGCCUCAGUGAAAUGUUUGGCAGUGAGCAUGUUUUCUGCUGAGACUCACUGUGUCUGGCUUCAUAUACUAUCAUUACAUGAAGGCCAGCUUAGUGUAGUCUCAUAGUCUCCCCUGCAGGGGGAGUGGUGUGUGCCAUGUGAUGGCAUGAAAAGUUCCUGUCUGUGUUACUAUGUAGAGGAACACUCAGACACACACACAUUACUACAGUCCUUGUUCUAUUAAAAUAUUAACUCACUGAUGUGCACUUACUAUAAAAUUUUGAUUAAUACACAUUUUGAUUUAUUAAUGAAAACAAACAGUGUUUUGACUGAGAAAUAUCAUAGGACUAUCAUAGGAGUUAUAUUACAUAAGAAAGUCCCAUGAUUGAAACAUAGCUCUUAUGUAGUUUGCUUUUUUCUGAAAUCUGCUGCUGCUGAUGAUGAUGAUAAUGAUAAUAAUAAUGAUAGAGACAUAGUUGUUGAGAGCACUUGUCGCCAUAAAAUCAAAACAAUGAAAUGUUGCACUGUGUAUUUUAUACACUGGGGGUUCUCAAAUCUUUUUAGAGUCAAGGACCCUUUACAGAGAGCCCAUUUCCUCAAUUAUCCCCUUACAGUCCUUACACUGAUAAAGCUCCCUCUCUGUCCCUCCUAAGAUAAAAUCUUACUUUGGGUACAUGCUAAUGAACGUUACUGCAACCCCUCUCUCAUCCCAUCAUUGCUGCUUUAGAUCUGUACAGCUACAAAUUUGUCCCACCUAAGUCUCACUUCAGUCAUGAAAGCAUCCAGAAGUAUAUAUUUUCUCCCCCCUUGUCCUGACCAAUACGGCAUAAAUGAAUUAGAGUCAGAGCGCACAAGGUACAAAAUUCGUAACUAAACAAACUUGUCUGAGGGCAUUUAUCAUAGCAACGUGAAAAACAUGUCAAUUUGUGCUAGACCCAUCCAAGAUAAAAUGUUAUUGAAAUGUUUUACAGAUUCAAAAGGGCGUCACAACGGCAGCCUUCGGAAUUUUAGCUAAUUUCGGCGAGUCAUCACAAAACAGGAAGUGCGCUAUAACUUUGCGGUACAUUGUCCGAUCCGUACGCAAUUAGUUACAUGACACGAGAGACCAACCCUGAACCCGUCUACGAACAUGAACUUGAACAAACGUGAUGUCGGCCAUUUUUAAUUCUGCCGCCAUUUUGCUGCCAAACAGGAGGUACCCUGUCAAUUUGCCACCUAUUUCCUGAAUCAAUUUGAUUGCGAUUCACAAGGUCUCAAUUCAAUUCCAAUUUAAUUUAAAAUAUUUCAGUUACAAUACCACUCUUGAUCAUGAAAACAUUUUUACAGAAUUAAUACUGUUAUUAUACAAAGAUUCCUCACAGCUGGCAUAUACAUUGAAAAGUGAAAGAAAUCUGCUUUUAGCUUAUUGAAAGAACAAUUUUGAGAAAAGAAAAAAUUUAAACUGCACAUUAACAAGUUCAAAGCACAUAAACAUCAAAUGAUGUGUUUCACGCUGGCAUAGAUGUUUGGAAUAGCCACUUCACUCAAAUGUAUGCGUGUCGGCAAAAUGUAGCACGGUUCCAACAAAUUAACAGAGCUUUCAAGUCAGUGUGAGACGCCAUUUCAAUAAGUUUCCACAUGACAUUUCUCACACUGAGAAGUGAUCAAACUUACUUCACAUAAAUUAGUAAUCGAUGAUGCAGAGGCAGAUUGCUCUGCGUACUUCACUCAUAUGGCUCUCUUGAAUUAGCAACCUAUCAUCCAAUCAGACAAUACCAUUUGUUGUUGCUGCGUAAAGUCUGAAAAUAGGUUUGCGCUGCAAGUACUCAUUCCAGGAACAACAUCUUCACACGGCCAAACCUUGUCACCGCAGUAAAAGGUUUGUAUUAAAAGGUCGGUCAUGGGUUUUAUGAAUCGAUUAUCAUAUUAUUAAAUAGAAGAUCGAUUUUAAUCGUUGAAUCGAUAUUUUGGACCCAGCCCUACCUGUAACUCGCCCAUACAUUGACAGAUUUUGAAAACAUCUGCAAGCCAUUACCUGCACACAAAAAGUAGAUUGUCCAGAAACAGGAAGUGCUCUUUAACUCACCCAUACAUGGACUGGCUCAAAACAUGUGAGACCAAGGGCCUGCCCUGAACACGUCUGCAAAGUAUGACCUGCACACAGAAAGUAGGUCAUCUAAAACAGGAAGUGCCCUGUAACUUGCCCAUACAUUGACCAAUUGGCUUGAAACUUGAUAUGUUGUAUUUUUUUGGGUUGUUGUUUCGUUGUGGUUUGCUUGUUUUGUUUUAAUCAACUCAGUUACUCUGCUGGUCCUUACUAGUUUGGCAUUAACUAUUUUGAAAGAGGCUAUGUUGUUUUGUUGUAAAUCUUAACAUUAUUGUAGGCCUCAUGUAACUGUCUUCAUUGAUAAUAUGGACAUGGAUAUAAUCUAAUAAGAACUGAUUUUUUGUUGAUUUGUAUCAGAAAACAAUAGUUUCGUUUUUGGUUUGUGAGGCGUGUCUUAUGGAUAUGGUGAUUUGACUUCCUGGACUAGCUUGUAGGCUUUCUCAAAUGUAAUUUCUCGAAAUCACUUCGCUUCAAGUGAACCAAAUGCAGGAAGUGGACUGCAACGAAGGGCAUUGUUGGUAAACAACCAAAACAUACGCGCAUGUAGAACGAUAGCCAGGAGAAAUGGCUGAGCUCAUUGUUGCAGUGUAUAUGUGUCGUAUGUUCACAUAUUCAAACAAUAGGAUUUGAUGAUCAUGUUUUGCUCUUAUGUGGAGGAAACAGAAGUUGUACUGCAUUAAAACAACAGAUGAGCGAGUUUUCUUGUUCGUUGUUGCCUUGUCAUCUCCUUUAGUAUAUCUUGAUGCAGCGCUGCCUCAGGUGAAGAGGGGAAUACAUUCAAAAGGUUUGUUUCCUUUCACUGAAGUGUGGAAGCAAAAUCGGACCAGCUGAAUGUUGCAGCCCCCAACUUAGCAGAGUACCCAAUCGUACCGAGUCUGGCAGACUAUUAGGUGUGAAAAUGACCAUAGUUACUGAUCUUAAGGUUGUUUUACACCUAAUAGUCCGCUCGAUUCGGUUCAAUUGGGGGUUGCAACAUUAAAUGUAAGUGUAAUGAACUGAACCCUUUGAACUUGUAACUUGAUACAGUUGUGUAUCUGCUCCUGGUCUCUCUCUCUCUUCUGUCUCUACCUCAUCUCCCUCAACCGGUCGAGGCAGAUGACUGCACAUCUCAGCCUGGUUCUGUCAGAGAUUUCUUCCUGUUAAGAGGGAGUUUUUUUCUCUCCACUGAUGCCUAGUGUUUGCUCAUUGUGUGAACUGUUGGGGUUCUCUGCUUUCGUUGAUGUUGUCUAUGUACAGUGCCUUGAGAUAAUGUAUGUUAUGAUUUGGCGCUAUACAAAUAAAAUUGAAUUGAAUUGAAUUUAAGAUAUACUUCUGUACCCUCAAAGUUUGAUUUUGCAAUGAUUUCAUUGUUUGCAUGUGUCUUUUUGUGUGUGCAUUACGCUGAACUUGCGAACAUGAAGUCUUUUGCACACAGGGUAACCGUCUUAACCACUGAGCUACUCUGCCCCCAAUGACACUCGCAAUGGAUAAGAUAAGGAUGAUUUAAUAGCAUUUAGUAGAGCCUUGGAGUAACGUAUAAAAAUGGUAAUAAAAAUCAAAAAAUAGUCUGAUAGUCUAGACCAGUGGUCACCAACGUGGUGCCCGCGGGCACUUGGUAGCCCGCGAGCAGCCAGCGAGGUGCCCGUGGGCUCAUUUCACUUCACCUCACUUGCAUGUAUCCAAAUGAUCACUGAGUAAAAUGUCCUGAUAUUAUUUAUAAAAACUGUGAUAAUCAUUAGGAGUAAGCACUGGAUUUAAUGUGUAUGCAAUUAAAUGCAUAAUAUUCAUCAUUUCAAUGGUAAAUUGCAUAAAAUGUUAAUAUGGUAGCCCUCCAUAUUAUUCUCUACCCUUCAGGUAGCUCUCGGUCUCAAAAAGGUUGGUGACCCCUGGUCUAGACUGUUUAAUAUACGACACAUGACUUAUUUUGGCAUACAAAGAACCAACUCAAAACCAAAGACUACGCUAUUUAAAAUGUGAAUUAACUUUUAUGAGUCACUUUGGUAAGUUUCAAUUCAUAAAUGACAUCGAUGGAGGGGGGCCCAAAAAUACAGUCUGGCUAGUAUAGUCCAUUUAUUUAAUCUGGCUCUGCUCACAUAUACUACUGAAACCUCUCACAUAGACUAGUGACACCUCUUGCAUAGACUAGUGAAAGCUCUCUGUAAAGAAGGGACUACAGCUGAUUCGUGUAGAUGAGCCAAGAUGGUGUGUCGGUCAGGACACCCUCAGUGUUUCACUUUGCAAUGGUUUCAUUGUUUGGAUGUGUUUUUCUAUUGGUGCCUUUUUGUAUGUGCAUUACGCUGAAAAAGGCUAUUUCCUGAUUGUUUUCUUUUUUUCUACUGUCCCAUAAUAUAAACCUCACAAAUAAAGUGACCAUUUACUAAGA